AUGUCAACUCAAUCCACUGAAAAUUCUGCAAACAGUACACAAAACUCACAAAAUAAUCCUAGUUCUCCAUAUUAUAUUCAUCCUUCAGAUAAUCCUGGUAUGAAACUAAUUUCUAUUCAAUUCAAUGGAAGUUGUUAUGGAGAUUGGAAAAGAUCAAUGUUGAUCAGUUUAUCUGCGAAAAAUAAGAUAGGCUUUGUUAAUGGAACAAUUCCAAAACCUAGUUCUACAGAUUCUUUGUUCAAUGCUUGGGAAAGGUGUAAUAACAUGUUAAUUUCAUGGUUACUUGGUGCACUAGAUCAGAAUAUAGCUAGAAGUGUGCUAUAUUUUGGUACAGCUAGUGAAAUAUGGAACAAUCUUGAAGAAAGGUAUGGACAAUCUUCUGGAACUCAAUUGUUUUCUUUAAAACAAUCAUUGAAUGAUCUUAAACAAGGUCAAGAUAGCAUUUCUGCAUUUUAUACAAAGUUGAAAAUGCUUUGGGAUCAACUUGACUCUAUUGAUCCAAUUCCAAUAUGUGAAUGCACGAAUUGCACAUGUUUGAUCACAAGGAAACUUCUGAAAUCACAGCAAGAUAGAAGGCUGAUAGAAUUCAUGAUGAGCUUAAUGAAGGAUAUGAAGUUGUCAGAGGAAGUAUCCUAA